CCCUUCCCCUCUUAUCUUUUCAUUGAACAUUAGAAGAAAAAAAAUGGAGCACCCAGUCCAAGAGAUCUCGUCCGUCAUCAAAGGCCUCACACAAGGAUCGCCAGCUGAACAGAAGCACGUCUUGGAGACAUAUUUCACUACGGACGCUGCCUUCCAGCACCCUUUUUGUCACGUUCCCAGCUUCUCGAACGUCUCAGUCCCUCUGGUUGGGGUUGUCGACUCAAGAUGGGUUAUCUGGAUGAUUUAUCGGUGGUAUAAAAUUCUCAGUCCAAGGAUUGCACUCAAGGUUCAUGCUGCUGUACUUGAUCAGAGGCAACAAAUCCUUUACGUCCAGAUAUCGCAGGUCUUCUCUCUUUGGUUUGUUCCGUUUUACAAAUCGCACGUCCAACUCGUUUCUGCACUGCAUCUAUCUCGAACCUCGGACGACAGCAAAUACUACAUCCACAAGCAAGAGGAUCUUUAUCAAGUCAACGAGUUUGUCAAGUUUGUAUGGCCGUACGGAGAUAUUGUCUUGACCAUAUGGCAAUGCUUUAUGGCUCUCCUUUGUGUCGUUGGGGCAUUACUGCUUGCGCCGUUGACUUGGGCAGGGGAAAUGAUCGCGCAGAAAAAAUAGUUCUGCUACCUAAAGGAGAUAGUAUUGCGUAUAAAACCCGCUCCCCUAAUAAACGCAGUAGAUUCACG